GGCGGUAACUGGUGCCGCCUCCUCUGUCUUGCGGUGCAGUUGUACUUGACGAUAGCUUUGUUAGAGCUAUGGUAGAGUACUUCGUCGUGAAAACAGGCUCGUUUUAAUCGAAAUUGAUAGCGACCUACAGCCAUGGCGGCCGAGGGCGAACGGCUAGAGCCCGGCGAAAGCGAAGAGGAAGACGUCUAUGAAGUGGAGAGAAUCAUUGACAUGAGAGAAGAGGAGGGGGAUGUCCUUUAUAGGGUUCGGUGGAAGAACUACUGCUCUGACGAUGACACUUGGGAACCAGAGGCUCAUUUAGAGGACUGUCGUGAAGUCCUUUUGGCUUUUAAAAAGAAUAUUGCUGAUGCCAAGAGAGAGGCAGAGGCAAAGAAAUGUUUGAAGCUGCCCACCAAGAGCGAAGUGUUUGAUGCAGAUUCAGAGAGUGACAGUGAUAAAGAGGUUCCAGCUCCUGAGCCAGUCAAGAAGAAAAAGAAAAAGGAGGAAGAAGAGGAACCACCUCCUAAGGACAAAAAGAAGAAGAAAGACAAAAGAAAAGAUACACCUCUGCCAGCCCCGGAGACUGAAGAUGAGGUAGAGGAGGGGAGAGCUCGGACUCCGUCUCCUACCAUCAAGGACAAAAAGACUGAAUUGAAAAAACGUCUCAUGGAUUCUGAGGACGAGGAUGAACCCGUUCCUUCCAAAAAGCAAAAAAAGGACAAAGGAAAGGAGGUAAAGAAAGACAAAGAGAAGGCAGAUGAGGGGAAAAAAAAGAAAGUAAAGAAAGAGAAGAAAGUGGAAUCUUCAGAAGACGAGGCCCCAACACCUAUGGAAGAAGACCUAAGCGAUGGGACGUCAGAGCCCCAAAACGAGGACACUGCAAAGUUGGCCGAGAAAUUUCGAUUAGAUGACAAGUCCAGAGAAAAGAAGGGGAAGUGGGAGGUAAAUAUUCACGGCAUUAAGGACCUCAUAGUGGACAAAAAGGUCAAAAAAGCAGACAGUGCCCUGAAGGAAAGUAACAUCCAAAAGCUGAGGAGCCUCACCACCAAAUCUAAAGAGGAGAGUGCUCUGCACUCAGACUCUAGUGAUAGCUCCACUUUACAUAAAAAAACCAAGAGCAAGGGGAAGGACAGCUCGGCAUCUUCAUCAGGUAAAGGCCCGUCUUCCUCUGUGUCCUCAUUGUCAACUUCCACCUUAGCUGCUAGUACUAAGAAUAAGGAGGAGGACUCAUUGAAGGAGGAGUCAGGGGGACCGAAGGACACCGCCGGACCCACGAACAUGUUUGAAAAGUUCCUGAUGAACUGUGAGGCUAAAGAUCGAGCUCCUCGGCGACAGUCCAAUCACCCACCUGUUCCAGAGAAGAGCGCUCCUAAACCAACAAAGCUUGUAGGAAAAAAUGACAAGAUUCCUAAGCCGACAAAAGAGUCUCCAGUACAGAAAACCGAGCCCGAGAAGACAGAGAGGGUCAAGCAAUCAGAAGUCUCCAAACCUUCUCAAAGUUGCGGCUUCAGCCUGGACAAUGAUGAGCGGGAAGAUUCUAAGGAGCGACGAGAGAAGACCGAGGAUCAACAGAAGUCCGGAUUGGAAAAAAGAUCAACAACAGAGGACAGGAGAAGGAAGAGAGAGGACAGUGAACCCAGACUUCUAAUGGCCUGUGAUGACAGUCAGGGCUCUCAGGAGCCACAAGAAGCCCCUGAAAAAAAUGAGAGGGCCCAGGCCACACUGAGUCUUGGAAUGGAUCUUAACCUGGACUGGAUGACUCUGGACGACUUCCAGAAACAUCUGAGCGGAGAGGAUGAGAUCCUGUCAGGAACCCCGUUAUCACCCAGUGAAUUACGAGACGCUGUGAAGUGUGGUGAUUACAUGGCUGUAAAAUUGGCACUAAAUUCCAAAGAGGACUACAAUCUGGACCAAGAAGCAUAUGCUAUUGGGCAGAAGAGAUCACUUGAAGGAGAAAGGAGCUUGAUUGAAGAGAGAAGUUUGAGUAAUGCUCUUAGGUUGACCUCGCACAUUGAUGGUUCAUUAAAUGGAGAGGGGACUUCAAGAAUGGAAGAGAAUGCGCAACAACAUUUGGAUUGUUUAAAAGAUGAUGACAAAAGAAACAAUGAGCAACUUAAUCUGGAAAACAUCCAUAAUGGUGCUAAUGAUCCAUCUGAUUUCAAAGGCACUGGUUCUGAAUUGCCCAUCAACCAUAAUAAUAAUGAAAAGGAGGAGCAGAGACCAUCAGAGGAAGAUGAGAUGUUGGAUGACACCAAAGGUGGUCUAUCAAGUGAAAUUGAUUUGGAUGCCGAAUGGAUUUUCUCAAUGAGUGACGAAAAAACACAACUAAUGAACAACACAAACCGGCAGGGUUCUCCUGAAAAAGCAAAUGACUCAAAUAAUGUGAAGAACAAAGUUUCAGGUUUGGAUGGCACCGAUAUAGAUGUUUCUAAACAGAUCUCCAAGGAGACUGAUAGAAGGCAAUCACUACGGCAGAGAAAAAAAUUGGAGAAAAAAGAACCAGUGCGAUCGAGUCAAAGGACCUGUAAAAAAAUACUUGAUACAACAUGCUCGGAGGAAGAGGAAAAAGAGCCGGGCAAAAAAGAUUUUUGUUUGUACUGCAAAAUGUCUUUCACUCAGCUUGCAAAGCACUUGGAAAAAAAACAUGCGGAGGAGACGGACGUUGCUCACGCAAUACACUUUCCCAGAGGUUCUAAGGUCAGGCAGUCUCUGCUCGACCAAAUACGAAAUGAAGGAAAUUAUGAGCACAACUGCCGUCUUCUCAAAAGUGGUGAAUGGGAAAAUGUCACCAAGAGACUGCUGAAAAAUCCAAAUGUACCUGUCCGGGAUUUCCUGCCGUGCCAGUACUGCCGCGCAUUCUACCGCAGAACUGAGUUAUGGAGGCAUGAGCGAUCAUGUAAGGCAAGAAAGGGAGAGGAGAAACCCACUGAAAAGUUAGAAGUUGCCAGCUCUGGUGCUUCCAGGUUGCCGCCAAUGUCGGAGAUCUUAACUGAAGGCUGUGAGGAAAUCAUCCAAGUCAUGCAUCAAGAUGACAUUUCAAGACACAUCAGAAAUGACCCACUCAUAUGCAAAUAUGGCAAUGCCUUGUCUGCUAAAUAUGAUCACGACAAGUCUCAGUUUGCUUAUAUUGCACAGAAGAUGAGGGAACUGGGACGAUUUGUACUUGCAGUAAAUGAACUUGACAAGAGUGUUAAGUAUUUGCAUGAAGUAUGCCAACCCUCCAAAUUUCAAUUGGCAGUUAAAGGGGCCAAAAAACUUAGUGGUUUUGAUCCAGAUUCCCGUACGUUUAAAACUGUCUCCCUCAUCACCAAGAUUGGCUACUCUUUAAAACGAGCCGCAGAAAUCGCCUUUGGGGAAAGUCGCAUGACUGAAGACAGUGAGAGCGAAAGUGAGGUAAAAACCUUUAUUGAGCUCCUUGAUACGACGUGGAGUGAGUGUUUUUCUCGCACAGCUUUUGCAUCAUCAAUAAAACCAGAGGUAAAAAUUCUGGACAGGUCGUUUGUGACAGAUGAUCUAAUUAAGCUGCGACGGUUUAUCACCACUGAGGAGGAGGAAGCUAGGAGGGACCUGAAAAUCACUCCUUCUUUGUCAACCUGGAAGAAGCUGAGUGAGGCUACGCUGGCAGACAUUUGCUUGUUUAACAGAGCGAGGGUUGGAAACAUCGGGAGAUUGCUUUUGCAGACUUACAACUGCAGGAAGAGAAACGAGGCCUCGGUGCUUUCUGCCGAUCAUGUAAGGAAAUGCACAAAAUUAGAGCUAGAACUUGGGACGUUGCUCACAAGAUUGGAACUCGAGGGUCAGUUUGGCAGAAACAUGCUCGUUCUGCUGACGGAAAGAAUGGUUCUGUCAAUCGAUUUGCUGAAUGAAAAACGAUACCUGGUGGGUGUUUCGCAAACAAAUCCAUACCUGUUCGCUCGGAAUGAAGGUCCGUCCUUCAUUCGAGCGUUGGACUGUUUCCGAAGGGCUGCGGUGGAAUCCGGAGUUAAAAACCCAGAAGCACUUCUGUCGUCUUCAGCAAGAGAACAAAUUGCCACUUGUUGGCAGCUAAUGAGUCUAAAUCGAUGUGAAUUGGACCUGGUAGCUAAGCUGGCAGGUCGCAGCAGCCAGGAGUGUUACAGUUUAUCAAAAAAUACAUCCCAACUUGAAGAAGUUAGCAAAGUACUCAUGAAAAUGGAACGCUCAUCACAGUCAAAGUCACCUACAGCUGCUAAAGAUGGUACGACACAGAAGUCUUCUUCAAAGAGACGGCCCUGGAGUGAAGACGAACAAGCUGCUGUAAAACAUUACUUGGGCGAUUUCAUCACAAAUAUGAAGGUUCCCGGCAAAAAGCAAUGCAAUGCCUGCAUAGCUGCCGAGCCGAGUCUGCGUGGAAGAUCUUGGACGGAUAUCAAAAACUAUGUACACAACACACUACAAACGUUACGAAGGAGACUAAAGCAGGGAAAGUCUGAACUGGACGUAAACACUUUCAGUCCAAAAAGGUGUAGAGCUAAAUCCCAAACUAGAAAGCAAGAUUUUAUGGAUGCAAACGAUUGUUCUGCUGCUGCAGGACAUGAAGGUGAACCCAGUGAGAGUUCAAACUGCUGUAUACCAAUGGCAGAACAAGUGAACAUUCCAAUGAGGGAAUCACCGCUGUCGUUUCCUCAUGAAAUGAAUCAGACGUAUGCAUCUUUGUGUUCCGCUAGUGCGAAUAUGUGUCAUGAAAGUCAAUCAUUAGUUUCUUCUUUCACAACAUUAAACGCAACAGAUACACAAGUAGUUCCCACGUUUACCCCACACAACACUACUAAUGCACUUAUGCCUCCUGUGUUCACUUCAGAGAACAGCCAUAUGCUGCCGAUGUCGUCGUACGCACAGAAUUUGGUAGGUAUGUCUUCUGUGUAUACACCUCCUGACACCGCAGGUACGCAAAUGAUUCCCACUUACAACCCCCUGAAUACCCCAAGUACUUCAAUGGUUCCUACAUACACGACACUUAAUUCCCCAAGUGCACCAAUGUCUGCAUUCUCUUCACUAAGUGACAGGAACAUGCCAAUGGUUUCCUCAUUCACACCUCUGAACCAUAUAGAAACACCAGCUUACCACACGAACCCACCCAGAGCCCCUGCGACUGCGCAGGUCGUCCCAACUAUCCAUGGAUCGAACAUUCCUGAGAGAUCACCAGCAUUACAGGAAAGUAUACCCACGUCCUCCGCAACGAAGCAGGUGAGUACAGGCGUCAAGCCACAGAAGAGACACAAGAGGUUGUGGAGCGAGAUGGAACAGGCGGCGGUGAGGCGGCAGUUUGGAGACUUGAGUAAACUGCUCAAAGUGCCGGGCAAAAAGGACUGUGAUGCGUGUUUAGCUGCCGAACCUGCCUUGAACACUAGGACAUGGAGGGAAGUCAAGUAUUUUGUACACAACUCAAUGCAGGCCUUUAAGAAAAGAGGAGUCGUGGCUGCUCCUAAAGAAAACAAACACCAAGAACCGCAGAUUCCUAAUUCACACUCGGAUUGGGACGGUCCCGUUUACCUGUCCCUGUAAAUUUGUGGACAGAUGAAGUUGUUCAGAAUCACAGCGACUCCAGGGGUGUGUGACUAAUUCACUACUUUACUGAACUGUAGUAACUGUUCUGUCUUGCUUGAGUCGUGAUCUUGGGGUAAUGUUUACAGAUGAUGCCUUUCUUCAGUCAAUUUCAGUAUUCCGUCUUCAACACUAAGAUUUGUGUGAGAUGUUUCUAGGCUGGUUAAUUACAAUACAGAAGUUGAAUAGUAGUUUAAGCUUUACAGAUGCAUUUCAAGGGUUAAAAACCCUUUUCUAGUCAUUAUUUUUGAAACUAGGUACAAAAUUGUCCAGCAGUUGUCACUCAAAGCACAGCCUUUCCCCAGAUUCUUUCAUAGCGGGCCAGUAAACUAAAAUACAUUGAUGCUAUGUUGUUUUUCUGUUAACAAGUUCAACGGAUUCAAAUCCAAAGGAUGUAAAAAGCUGCAUGUCUUAGAGAAACUGGAAUUGAUCUCUUCUCUACGAUAUUACUUAUUGGCAAUUAUCGCACCUGCAUUUGGAAGAGUUAUUUGAUUGUCAUUCAGAUCAUUCUAAUUUGGUAUGUUAGUUUAGCAAGGACGCUAACAGACAAUAAUGCUUGGGCUACUUCUUAAAAUAAAGAUAGAGAAGUCAGUAAUGCACAGAUUGCAUAAUUUUUUUAAUAGAAUGUCUAUUUGUCCGAUCAAUAAAAUUGAUCAAAUUUGUUUAGAUCUGUGAGCAGUUGGCAAUUAUGAUGAGUAAUUUAAACCUCCAGCCAGGCAGUCUACCAAAAAAAUGUACAUGUCCUUCAAAGGAAAUACAACCAAAAGGGCUCAGAGAACAACAAAAAACAUUUCAUUACCAGGGUUUGUCUCCUGUCUUCUGACUUAAAGUUACUCUCAGCAAGCAUGCAUUUCAAGAUACAUUUAUUGCGUUCGUCGUUUCCACUACUUGCUUACUUUAAAUGUCAUUUUCUGCCUGAACUGUUGUGUUUCCGUUUCUUCCCAAAUAUGAAUGGUCAAACCUCACCAGCAAGUCUUUCGUCACAGCCUCUGGUGUUAAAUCGUUGUGUUGACUUGCUGACCUGAAUGUCUGUGUGUCAGUGUCCCGCGCUUAAUCCUCUAGAUUAAUGCAUACUGUAAAUGGUCUCUGAUAGUCUGGGUAGUGAAACGUUUUCCUUUAGGUGUUAGAGCAAUAGAAACUCAACUAAACAUAUAUAUGCAUAUAUAUAUAUACAACACAUUUGUUAGUCAUUUUCAAUGAUGUCUGUACAUGCACUGUACUUGUCACCAAUCUUCCAGUGUGUUUGGUAAACACUAGGUCUAUUUUGUACCACUGUUCUUUUCCUGUUGAAGUACUUUAUUUUUUAUUUUAAAUGUGCUCUAAUUUAAGAUAUAACACACUUGCAGUGGUUGCAAGCAUGUCGCAUUUCUUUCACCUUUGCCAAGGUCAUUCUUGACCACCAGCUCAUAUGAUCUAUUUAUGGACUUUUCUGUUGCGUGCAUAAUUAUAGCAAAUUGGCUUUUGACCAAUUUGCAGUCUUUGUAAAAGGUUUAGAAAAAAACCCCACUUAUAAUAAGUACAGUUGAGUUGGUUGAACUUCAAUUCAGUGUUAGGUAUUCAGAGGGAGUCUAUUGGUCUUCCCAGCUUUUCUGUUUUUCUUUCUUUUAUUUACCUUUAUUUUAGGUAAAUACAAGCCUGUAGUUGAGUUGUUUUUGUAUAGACGAUCAAGAAAAUAAUAGGAGCCAAAAAUUAUUUUAAACACAAAUGUUUUCAAAGACAAAAAAGGUUUGUUUUGUUUUUGCUGGUAGCAGUAGCGAGGAAAUCAUUGUUAUUUCGUUGUGUUGAUCAGUUUGCUGACAUUUUGACCAUACAGUGGGAAUCGAAAGUUUGGGCACCCCAGGUAAAACUUUAUAUUAAUGUGCAUAAAGAAGCCAAGGAAAGAUGGACAAAAUCUCCAAAAGGCAUCAAAUUACAGAUGAGACAUCCUUAUAUGGAGAUUUCUGGGCUGUCUGUUACGCACUGCUCUGUUAACGUCUAUCCAUAGAUUUUCAAUUAUGUUGAGGUCUUCAACUUCAACUUUUUCACAGAUGGCAUCAAGUUAGCGUCCAAAUUUUUGCUGACUUUUUAUUGAAUCCAUUUUUCCCUCUACUUGUGAAAUGUUCCCUGUGCCACUGGCUGCAAUACAACCCCAAAAGCAUGAUUGAUCCACCUCCAUGCUUAACAGUUGGACAGAGGUUCUUUUCAUUAAAUUCUGUGCCCUUCUCCAAACGUACCUUUGCUCACCAAUCUUGUCUAUAUGUUCAUUUGUGAACUUCCAACGUUGAUUUUGGUGGUGAGCACAGAGGAUUUGGACUGUUUUUGACAUAUAAGAAUUUCUCAUCUGUAAUUUGAUGCCUUUCGAUCCCCACUGUACACAGAGCAUUAAAACUGCAGUUUAGUAACACUCUGGAAUCUAGCUAUUUCUUUGUUUUUAUCUGUUCUUUUAAAGAAAAGUCCUCCGUGGAACGUUCUGUUUUAUUUUGUAAAAUGUUGGUGGAAAACAUUUUCUAAACACUGGUGUACAUAUCGCUCCGCAUCCCGGUGUCAUGAUGUUUCCUUGGGUUGUUUAUUCUUACCUGGUAUUGUAAAGGACUUCAGCUGGAACAAUAAAUGUGUUUCUUUGCAGAGUU